GCGAGAGUGUGGUGAUAGUGGCCGCAGGAAUCGGUCGUUUUGUGGUGCGUAUAUGUUCGCGUCGUCGUCUUUUUUGGUGUUCCAAGACGACCAAUAUUAGGGCAGCAUCUCAUCAUCCAGAUCGUCCACAAUGACUGCCGAACGCGACAAAUGUGGCCUUAGUUCCCUACUUCCGAUAUCCUGCCGAGACCGUGCCGAAGCCUUCGCCCGCAACCUUCAGUCGCGCCUACAUUCGUUGGGUUCCCAAAACAGUACCUCAGAAGACAGAAGCUGGCUCGGUUCUCACGAUAGUAACAACAUAGCCCUCUCACAGCCCCUUCACAAUCCCGAUACCGAACGGUACUUGGCUUUGGAUAUGCUCGAAUCUCCUUGCAGCCCCCAGGAUGAAAUCGAAGAAAGUGAAUUACGUAAACUUUUGAAUAAUAAGGAGGUCGGCAAUAGUUGUCUUUGUCCUAUUAAAGUUAAUAGUAGUAGUGGGAUUAAAUUAAAUGGGCUUACACGGCAUUAUUCUGGAGACAGCGACAACGAAGUUUUUUACGAUAUAGACGACGACCCUCCUAAUAAUCAACCGUAUGCUAAUGGUAUGUCGCAUUCAACAUCAAGCAAAAGCAUUGAAAGUGAAACUGAAAUAGAUGUAAACUCGCAAGGGACUGGUAGUGAUAUUUUUGCUACGUCACAGGAUUGCACACCGCAACAAAGCGUAAGCGAUGAAAUGUCCACUGUGAGCCUUAGAGAUGAUAGUUCUAACAGCAUUUGUGAGGAAUGUGAAAAUGAUAAAAAAUUAGAGACUGAAAUUAGUGAUAAUAACGAAGAAUAUGUUAAUGGUGAGGAAUCUAAUGAAAAUGAAAUCAACGAAGACAUAUAUAUUAGUAGAUUAACAAUACAAACAGAACUUGUUGUGGAAUGUGCUAUUAAUGAGGACAAAAAAGAAAAUGAAUCAAGGAUAAUUUCAAAUAAUGAUAUUGAAGCUGAUGAUGAUGAUGAUGAUAAUGAUGAUGAUUAUAUUCCAAGAGUCCGGAGGUGUUCUUCAUUGAAAACUGGUAAAACACCACCAGGUACUCCUGGGAGAAAGAAGAUUGUUCGAUUUGCAGAUGUUUUAGGCUUAGAUUUAGCAGACGUAAGAACCUUCCUAGAUGAAAUUCCAAAAGUUCCGAAAUCAGCCUACACAGAUCUAAGCGACGUUGAUUUAUCUGAAUCCUCAUCAGAUUUGAGUAAUAUAACAAACGGUCUCAAGUUCCAUGGUUUAAAAAUAGAACGCUUUCUAUUGCCAUUAUUUGAACAACCAGCGGGAUCACCGAAUUUCCUAGAUAAAGUUAGAGAUAAUCAAGUAUGUCUCGAAAAUGCCUUAGUAGAAGACCCAAUUUUAUUCAAAAUUAAAGGCACUGUUAGAGUGAAAAACCUGGAUUUCAACAAGUCAGUACACAUCCGAUAUACUUUGGACUCAUGGAAAACUUUUGCGGACGUCCAGGCUAUAUACGUCAACAAUUCUUGUGACGGGUUUUCGGACAGAUUUUCGUUUACCAUUUACGCGCACACGUUAUCGGUCGGACAGAAAAUCGAACUGGCUUGCAGGUUUCAGUGCAAAGGGUGCCAAUAUUGGGACAAUAAUGGGGGCAAGAACUACGUAUUUCAAUGUCUACCGGGUGCUACCAAUAAUACUGCGACACCAGUGGUGAUAAGUCAUGGACAUGCUGAUUGGGGUGCUAGUUUUUAUUAGAAGGUCCAUUCUAAAAAGGACUCAAAUUUGGAAAUAUUACGAGAUCCUUCAGCUUCCAAAGGCGUCAGCUCGUAGAUGAGAAACUUAAGCCUUAGAAAUACUUCCACGCACUUAUGAUAAAAUAGAAAUAUCAAGAAAGACCUAAGCCAUAAUUUACAAAACGAAACUCAAGGAAGACUAAGCCUACCUUUUGUUUUAAAAUCUUUGUUUUCCUAUUUAUAUUUUACAAAAACCAAUAAUAUAUUUUACAAAAUAGUAUUUUUAUAAUGAUACAGAAAAUUAAUAUAUUCGUCAGGGGUAAAAUGAAUGGAUAUUUUAUUAUUUUACGAUAGAAAUUCACUAAUGUAUACAAAAUUACUAGUGAAUUUUUUAUAAUAAUUAUUUUAUUAUUAAAUUUUAUAUUUAUUUCCUUCCUUCCACCCUUUUUAGUGAUAAAAGAACAAAACUGUAAUUUCUUAGUAUUAUCUAAGAUCAUAUUUUAUCAGUUUUUAAGAGCUGGCUUUUCAAUCAACAGUUAAAAUUCUAUUAGUUUUGAUGGGAUAUACACAUAUACAUAUAUAAUUUAACUGUUAAUAAAGAAUCUGGCCUGUGAAUGAAAUUUUGUUGAAGAUAUUCUAGAUAGCGUUGCUGUUUAUUAAGGUAAUUCUAGUUUUCAGCAUUUUCCUUUGAAAAAAAAAAUGUAAUUUCAAACAGUUGAAUUUUUUUAUACAUAUUGAUUCACAAUUUUGUGUGGUGCUAAAAAACUAUAUACAUAGGUAUUUAUAUUUAUUUAUUUAUUUAUUUUAAAUUUUAGACAUUUUUUUUCUUAAUUGUUUGAUAACAAAAAAUAAAUUAUAUAGGAUUUUAAAAAAGACACACAUGUUAUUUGUUUAUAGGUACAAGAUACAUAAAUGAAAUUAUUGAAAAGAUUGUUAAAUAAUAUUCUAUUUGUUGUUUUGUCAUUUCUCUAACUUUUUGUUUAUUUUUUGAACCUUGUUUUAUUAAGUGCCAAAGAUAAUCUGUUGCAGAAAGUAAAUAAAUUAUAAAAUAUUUGUUUGUAGCCUAACCAACUCUCCAAAUUUCUCAAUAAAUAAUAUUAAUAAUAAACAUCAAAUAAAUAUUGUAAGAUAACAUUUUUUUCAAACAUCUUUGUGUGUUUUUAAUUUAAAAUCAAAAAAGACUUACUCUGCAAUAUAUUAGAAUAUGUCUGUAGUUUCUAAAAUUAGGCUGUGAAAAUGUUAGUAUCAAUGAGAGGCUCAAUCUAAUAUUUUAAUAAACGAAUUCAGGAAAAUGCGGAUAGAGAUGUUGUGUAAUUAUAUAUAAAAAAAAUUGAUUAGGUAAAAAAUAGGGCCCUGCAUGAACGCGGCAUGUUUGUAAAUCAAAAAAAAAUGUAUAUCCUUGUGAAAAAAAUUAAUAAAUCUUUUAUCUUUCA